ACAGUAUACUCGGCAUUUGAAGUAGGAUUGCCAUGUCGGUUCCAGCCGCACAGACGCCGCCGCGUUCCAACACGCCCACCCAAGACAACCUCACCGCGCCCUCCACGGACAAGCGUCCGUCCUCCACCCGCCUCCCCUCCCUCAACCAGAUCGCCGCCGGUCUCAAACUCGACCCUUCCACCGCUCCCUCGCCUGCUGCCUCCGCCGCGGCGCGCCCCCGGCUCGCCGCCUCCCUCCUGCGCACGGCGAGCACCGCCUCGCUCGUCUCCACCGCCGCAAGCGCCAGCGACAGCGUCGCCGUCCAGGCCCCGACCUCGCGCUCGACCUCUCCCUCCUCGCUCUCCACCCCUCCCCCGAGCGAACCCCCGGCGGCUGGCGACUCCGAAGAAGCGGCCGGCGGCGAGGCGCUCACGACCGACCACCUCCAGAAGCUGAACGAGCAGACGGCGACGCCGCCCGCGUCGACGUCCUCCACCGCGUCCAGCUCGAAGAUGCCGCGCGGGUACAAGGGCAUUCCCGGGCUCGAUGCGCUCGCCGCGCGCCACCUCGCCAAGGCGCGCACGCUCUCGAUCGACGGCAGCGCCCGCCCGCCCGACGCGGAGCUCGUCGAGGAUCCGAAGACGCCCGGGCUCAAGGUCAAACCGCGCGAGCACCCGCUCGAGAACAGGUGGACAAUCUAUCACGACCAGAAGAGCGGCUUCCCCCCGGCUUCGGCCGGCGGCGAGCAGCAGCCGCCGAGCGCGCACCCCGGCUUCGGCCCGGGCAGCGUCGAGAAGGGUGAGUACGAGGCCGGCCUGACGGUCAUCGGCGAGAACAUCGACACCGUCGAGAUGUUCUGCCGGUACUUCAACUGGCUCAAGCCGCCGUCCAAGCUCGAGAAGAACUCCAACUACCACCUCUUCAAGGCCAACAUCAAGCCCAUGUGGGAGGACCCCGCGAACGCUAACGGCGGGAAGUGGGUGCUGACGAUGAAGAACAAUCCGCAGCUGCUUGAUCGGUGUUGGUCCUGGCUUGCGAUGGCGCUAGUUGGCGAGGAGCUCGACGAGGGUGAUGAGAUCUGCGGCGCUGUCGUCAGCCUCCGGAGCAAGGUCGACCGGAUACAGGUCUGGACGCGCGGGAAGGAGGACGUGGAGAAGCUGAACGGCAUCGCCAAGAAGCUCGUCAAGAUCCUUGACAUCUCCGAGGGAGACCAUAUCGGCUUGGAGUUCCAGUACAACUCGGAAGAUCGACCCAACCACAACAAGUUCAUCUCUAUUCAGUCCAUUCCGCAAACUUCAUACCGUCCCUCAUUCCGCAACUCGCCUGUUGCGGGCCCAGGCGAAGGUCCCCAGGUUGGCGGCGCCUUCGGCUCUUUUAGUGUCGGAGGCGGUGGUGCUCUUGGUCGUGGGACGUGGAAGAGGGGUUGAAAACACACGAGAGAUGUGAACGAUGGCAUAAAGAGGAUGGAUGGAAGGAUGGAUGAAAGAAUGUUUUGAUAUGCAACCGUCUCAGCGAGACGUGCCUACGAACACUCCAGGUGCGGGUAAGAGUACGGUACAUUGGAGGCAUAUUGUUGUACACCAUUGUAUACGCCAUUCCAUCGACAAACCAAUUACUAAUGUGUUUUUAUGGAGAC